AUGAACUAUCUCUAUCUGUGGAAUAAUAAUUUCUUUGGUUCUAUCCCCGAUGAGAUAGGAAUGCUCAAAUCUCUUUUCGACUUGCAGUUGUCGAACAAUAAUCUCACUGGCGUAAUCCCUGAUUCCAUAGGAAACUUGACUAACUUGGAAAAACUUGUGCUUCAUUUUAAUGGGCUUUCUGGUUCAAUCCCAACUUCGAUGGGAAACUUAAACAAGUUUUUUGGUGAACUUCCUCCAAAUUGGGGACAAUGCCAGAAUCUAACAAGCUUACUGAUCUCCAACGAUAAAAAUUGUGGAAAGAUUCCAUUCGAAUUGGAACAUGCAACCAAAUUACAAGAACUUGAUCUCUCUUCGAAUCAUCUAAAUGGUGAGAUUCCUAUGGAGCUAGGAAAGUUGACAAUGAUGAACCGUCUUUAUCUAAGUGAUAAUCAUUUUUCUGGCAAAAUUCCAUCAGAGAUUGGACUUCUUUCAAAACUAGAACAACUUGACUUGGCAUCAAACAAUUUAAGUGGGCCUAUUCCUGAUGAUCUUGGAAAUUGCUUCAAGUUAUUCAACUUGAAUUUGAGCAAGAACAACCUCGAAGAGAGCAUUCCAUCUUCAAUAAGCUACAUUUAUUCUCUUCAAAGCCUAGAUUUGAGUCAAAAUUCACUUAUUGGAGCUAUCGAAAUGGAUUCUUUGAUCAAAGCAACCGAUCACACAACAAAGAUGAUUAAUUUGCCGGGUGAGUAUCAUGUCUUGAGGGCGCGUGUCCAUGGUCCGAGCUACCAGUUGGACAAACGUAUUUUGUCAUACUUGUAUGUUGCCAGAUUUGAAACAAUGGCAUUGAUCAGGAUUUUUGAGUUGAUGGACAACUUAAUAUCUGCCUUAGUUGAGUGCUGA